AUGGCGUCCUUCCUGCGUGCCUCGGCCGGGCUGCGCAGUGUCAGUCGUCUAGCAACCCCGGCCCGAUCUCUCUUGAGACCAACACCUUUUCGAGCUUUGGCGACAAGUCCUGAGAAGCGUACAGCUACCGCCGUAGCCCAAGCUCACGUCGAGUCUCCCUCAAUGGAAACAGCAUUCUUUCCCGAUGAGCCAGUUGGGCCGACGGUAGUCACGCCUAUCCCAGGACCUCAGAGUCAAAAAGCCAUUGCAGAGCUUCACAAAGUAUUCGAUACUCGCAGUCUCAACAUGCUGGCAAACUACCAACAGAGUUACGCCAACUAUAUAGCUGAUCCUGAUGGAAACGUACUGCUCGAUGUGUAUGCCCAGAUUGCCUCCAUACCUGUCGGUUACAACAACCCUUCCCUCCUGCUCGCCGCUACUAGCCCAGAGAUGGCCUCUGCGAUCAUCAACCGACCCGCGUUGGGCAACUUUCCUUCGCACGACUGGGCCUCUAUCCUCCAGACCGGUAUUCUUCGGGUGGCGCCCAAGGGCCUGGACCAGGUCUUCACUGCGACGGCUGGUUCUGACGCCAACGAGACCGCCUUCAAAGCUGCCUUCAUGUGGAAGCGACAACAAGAGCGUGGUGGUCGCGAUGUUGAGUUCACUGCUGAAGAGAUCGAGAGCACAAUGAAGAAUCAGAAGCCUGGUUCCCCUGAUAUGUCAAUCAUGUCAUUCAAAACUGCCUUCCACGGCCGUCUCUUUGGGACCCUAUCGACCACGCGCAGCAAGCCUAUCCACAAAAUCGACAUCCCAGCCUUUGACUGGCCUCAGUGCUCCUUCCCCUCUCUAAAGUACCCACUCGAACAAUACGCAGAGGAAAAUGCGGCGGAAGAAAAGAGAUGCCUGGAAGAAGCUGAACAUAUCAUCAAAACAUACCACAAUCCCGUGGCGGCUGUGAUCGUCGAACCCAUCCAGUCUGAAGGUGGCGACAACCACGCGAGUCCCGCCUUCUUCAGAGGUCUACGAGAAAUCACGCGCCGCAACAAUGUUCUCUUGAUUGUCGAUGAAGUGCAGACUGGUGUUGGUGCGACGGGUAAAUUCUGGGCCCACGAUCACUGGAACUUGGAAGACCCACCGGACAUGGUGACAUUCUCCAAGAAAGCACAGACGGCAGGAUACUACUUUGGCAACCCAGACUUGCGACCGAACAAGCCCUAUCGACAGUUCAACACAUGGAUGGGCGACCCGGCUCGUGCAAUCCUUUUCCGGGCCAUCAUCAAUGAAAUUGAGAGAUUGAAUCUGGUGGAGAAUACAUCGGCGGUUGGUGACUACCUAUACGCAGGCAUUGAAAGGCUCGCUCAACAAUAUCCUCAACAAUUCCAAAACCUCCGAGGAAAAGGGCAAGGCACUUUUAUCGCCUUUGAUAACCCCAAACGGGACGAAUUCCUGGCCAAGGCUAAGACAUUCGGUAUCAACAUUGGAGGCAGUGGUGCAUCGGCCGUAAGGUUGAGGCCGAUGUUGAUAUUCCAGAAGCACCAUGCUGACAUUCUGCUUGAUGCUUUUGAGAAAUUGGCCAAGUCUUUGUGA